AUGUGUCACCCCCUAUGCCAUGUCCCCGUGCCCCCCUCCCCGUGUCCGUGUCCCCCCCGCUCCCGCUCCCGUCCCCGCCCGCCGCCGCCGCCGCCCCCGUCCCGGCCCUUUCUGGGCCGCCUCCAACUUCCCGGCCGGGGCGCGGCGGCGGCGGCGGCGGCGGCGGCUCCGCGGGGCUGCGGCGGCCGAGCCUCGUUGGGCGCCCCCCGGGCCCCCCCGGCUCCCCCCGGGCCGCUGCGGGCGGCCGAUGGCGGCGGGGGCCGCGGCGGGGCCCCCCCGGCGCUGGGAGCCGCGGCCCGGCCCGGCGCGGGGAGCGGGCCCGGCCCGGCCGUAGCGGAGCGCGGAGCGGCGGCGGUGAGUGCCGAGCCCCUCCCGCCGCCCCCGCUGGAUCGGCCCGCAAUGGGGAGCCCGGCGGCGAGAGGGACCCCCCCACCCCGGGACAGACACCCCCGGGAUGGACAGACGGCCCCCAAGGGACAGGGGGACCCCCGGAAGGACACCCCCGACAAGGACACCCCCUCCCGAGGGACAGGGACACCCCCCGAGAGGAUCCCCCACUCUGGAGGGAUGGAGACCACCCCCCAACAGGGUCCCCCCAUCCCCGAGGGCAGCAGUGCCACCCCCCCCCCCCCGCCCAGGUGA